AUGAGUGAAGUGCAGCUCCUGGUCGUGCUGCCUCAGGCCAGGACGCUGCGCUACGGCGUAGCAGGCCCAAUAAUCACCAUCAUUCAACGCGACCCGACCUGCUACGUCGUGCCGAUUUCCCCUCCCUCGACCCAGUACGUCGAGACCGAAGAAUGUGUUGAGGAGAUGAGACAGUAUGAGGUGGAGGACGAAAUCGACGUAAGUUAUAUUAAAUGA